UUGUCGAUUUGAAGCAUUGUGACGAGCAAUGUUUCUUGAAAGGUGCACUAACUAUGUGCGGGAAAAGCCUUUUUCGCAAAUCGUGCUUACCCCUUAGCACGUUGUAGAGAAAUGAACGAGUGGCGCCAUUUUCGCGUGAGGCAGCAGCUCUUUUCACAAACUCCUGCAAAUGACAACCAAAAAGAAGCGCUCGGUACACACCAGUAAUGACAGCUGGGUUGUCAUCGCUGCAGAUUCUGCCCUGGACAAGACAAAGAUACAUGAUGGUGACCCAACAUUCAUCAGACUCAGGAAUCCCGCUACAGGUGCUGCUUCCCAGUACCUGUUCAGUAGCGGAGAUGUGCGGCUGUAUGAGGUGAAGGCAUUUGUUGAAGAUUUCCACUCUUGGUUUAUUGACCAAACAGUCCAAAGAGAUGGCAGGCUGCUGUAUGUGACUCCUAUGGAUCCACUGUUUAUGUUGUUGCCGUACCUGCAGAGCAGUGCAGUGGAGGGGAAGUUUCAGCCACUGCAGCAGAUGGUCAUGGAUGAGGAUUACCCAGGGUGCACAAGACUGCUGAAAUGCUCACAGGCUCUGGACACACUGCAUCAUGUGGCGGAUGAGAAAGUGGUGGGCAGUCAGAAAUUCCACAGAUAUAGCCAAGAGAAGACUGUGGACUGGCUGAAGAAAAAGGUUUUGAACACAGUGAGUGCGCUUAAAAAAAGCGACAUUUCUGUAGGAGGAGGAGUGAAGUCCACCACUUAUGUGCGAGUUAAACAGGAGACAGAUGUGACUGAAGAAGAUUAUUUGCGUUACGCUCACGGACUUAUCUCAGAAUAUAUCAGUGAAGAGCUGAGCAAAGAUCUGCACAAGCAUCUUCAGUUACCUGAAAUAUCCAGCCCUAAAGAAGUGGAGCCUCCUUCCAAGAAAAGAAAAUUGUCAGAUAUCCCAGUGGAGGCAGAGGAGGACUACACCAAGUUCAACCGAGCCGACUUCGCCCGAAAACCUCCUAAGAAGAUGACAGCUGCUCAGAAAACACUUGCUAAAGUGGACAAAACUGGCAUGAAGAGCAUGUCUUCAUUCUUUAGUCCUAAGGUCAAGCAGGAGAAGUGAGUGUGUGUUUGUGUCUAUAUGAUGCUGCAUAUGUGUAUAUUUUUGUUAAUAAAGU